AUGGCUUGCCACGGCCGGUACACUACCGAAAAAGUAACUUACCCAUCUCACGGGGAGACAAUCACUGGCAUCCUUUACAUGCCCAAAGGCAUCAUUAAUCCUUCUGGCGUUGUUGUCCUCGGUCCAUACUCAUUCGUCAAGGAGCAAGCCCCAUUACAAUAUGGUACGCGGCUCGCCGACGAAGGUUACGCCGCCUUGAUCUUCGACCCACGCACGGUCGGAGAGAGUACUGGAGUACCGCGGCGUCUCGAGAACCCCUGGAUGAAGAACGAAGACGUUGUGUCCGGCCUCGACUACCUCGCUGGUAGAGGAGAUGUGGAUGCCAAGAAACUGUUUCUGGUUGGUGUUUGCCAGGGCGGUCCCGAGUGCCUGGAUGUUGCGUCAUAUGACGAUCGUGUCGUCGCUGUGGCUUCCGUGACAGGAUACUAUCGCGAUUAUGAGACGGAUGUUUACAUGAUCUGUGCUGGCUGUGUCAACAUCGAGCCAGGCGUUGAUGUAGGAGCUAUGAAGAUGCCCACACCUGAGCAAGGAGAAGCUCUCUAUCAGGCGCGUAUCGAGAGGGCCAGAAAAGCUAAGGAACUGUACGACGAAACGGGAGAGGUCCUUUACCAACCUCUUGUGGACCCCAAAGCUGCAGACCCUCUGGUCGGCUCACUUGCCGGUCUUCCUGGACCGGUUCCAUGGUCGUGGUAUGGUCCUUGGACAUUGAAGGGGUUCGAGAAUCGAUACGCGGUCAUGAGUGAUUUAGAUCACUUCGGCUAUUCAACCGUUUCCGGCGUGGCAAAACUCAAUAAGCCAGCGUUGGUAAUACAUGGUGAUAAUUGCAUGAAUGCGCCGGCAGCAAAGAGGCACUUCGAAUCGAUCCCGACCAAGGCCAAGAAGCUGGUUUGGGAUAAUGGCGCGUCGCAUUUCCAGCACUACGAGCAGCCGGAUGUCGUCGAUCGUAACAUUGGCGAAAUCGCGGCCUGGUUCAAACAAGUAAAUAUGUAA